AAGAAAAAAAAAAAAAAAAAAAAGACAAAGGGUUGAAAGCGCUGGUUCAGGUGCGACGAGAUGAGCAGUGCGACAGGGCUGGUCGAGCUCGACUCGCUCGAGAUGCUCGUCAUCGUCGACAACGAGCUGGAUCCCAUCUCGCGCUACCAGAACGAGGGCGUCGUGGCAACGGGAAACCUGGCGGACAUCGCGUUUGGGUCUCCGUACAGACCUACCGACCGAGGGCCGGGCAACGUGCACGAAGUACGCAUGGAGCAGCUCUGCCAGAGCGCACACGGGCUGUCGAUCCUGAUGACGGGGAAAAAGGACGGCGAGGAGCACUCGAUGCUGUUCGACGUCGGGCCCGAAGAGGACGCGUUCGAGCGCAACGCGACGAGGCUGCAUGCGCAGCUUGGGAAGGUGGAGGUCGUUCACCUGUCGCACUGGCAUCGCGACCACUCCGGGGGCAUGCUGCGCGCCGUCAAAAUGAUCAACGCCGCCAAAGGGGCCGGCGAGGCCAAGGUCGUGGUCGACCUGCACCCGGACCGGCCGGACUUCCGCGGCGUCACCACGCCCGCGAUGCAGAUGUCUCUCGAAGCCGACCCCAGUUUCGCCGAGAUCGAGAGCGGGGGUGGGCGCGUGUCAAAGAACGACAAGGCGCACGCCGUUUGUGGCGGCUUCUUCAUGAUCUCCGGUGAGAUCCCUAGGGUUACGGCGUACGAGCAUGGCAUCCGCCGAGGCGCCAGGUUCAGUAUCGCCAAAGGCGAGUGGGAGAAGGACGAGCUGAUCAAGGACGAACGGUUCGUCAUGUGCAAAGUCAAAGACAAGGGCGUGAUCAUGUUCACGGGCUGCAGUCACGCUGGCGUCGUCAACGCCUCGAAGCACGCCGCCGAACUAGCGUUUGGGACACCGCUCUUCGCCAUCGUCGGGGGUUACCACCUCGCCGACGCGGAGAUGGCUCAGAUCGAGAGUUCCGUGCGCGAUCUCAAGGCCCUGAACGUAAAGCUGUUUUUGGCGGGACAUUGCACGGGCUGGAAGGCCAAGUACGAGAUUGAGAGGCAGAUGCCGGGUCGGUUGGCUCCUUGCACAGUUGGGACCACGUUUACUUUCUGAAAGAAGCCCCCGCGGUAAUCCUAUUCACAAUGGUAGCGGUACGGAGGCGACCUCCUCGUACUCUUCAUCGACGACCUCGCCGUCGUCGCC